AUGAACAAGAAGCAAUUUUCGGCACCUUCAGCUGCAAAAAAGGCUAAAUACCGAGAUGACACUGAGGAUAACUACCCUGGUUCUUUUGAAGCAGAAUUGGCUGUUAUGGGUGAAAUAGAAGAUGAAGUUGGGUAUACAUCUCAGAUUGUUGAAGAGUCAACUGAUGUGGUAGUAAAUGAAACACCGAAAGCUGGUCCUGAACAAGAAAACACAUCUUCAAAAUGGAGUAGACUGCCUCCUCCACAGAUAAACCCACAAAAAGAUGCAUUAAUUUUUCAACAAAUAGAAAUUGAUCAUUAUUCAGGUGCACCAUUAUAUGGAAUGCCAGGCAGCAGAAUACCUCCUGUACCCAUAAUGAGAAUGUUUGGUAUUACAGAACGGGGAAAUUCUGUUUGUUGUCAUGUACAUGGAUUCAGUCCAUAUUUAUAUGUUACAGCACCAGAGAAUUUUAAUGAACAUCAUUGUAAACUAUUUAAGAGUGCUUUAGACAAAGCUUUAUUAAAAGACAUGAGAUCGAAUCCAGAAAAUAUUCAGGAAGCUGUUUUGGCCGUCGAGCGAGUAUAUAAGCAAAACAUGUAUGGUUAUGUAGGACAUGGAAAAGAAUUGUUUUUAAAAAUUACUGUAGCACUACCAAGGUUAAUAUCACGCUGCAAAAAGGUAGUUGAAGGGGAAAUAAUUUUGUCUGAAUUCAAUCACAAUUACACAGCUUUUGAAAGCAACAUUGAUUUUGAUAUUAGGUUUAUGGUUGACACUUCAGUUGUUGGAUGUUCAUGGAUUGAAUUACCACCCAAAACUUGGAAACUUCGUGGCCAGCAUGAACACAAUUUACCAUUGACUACAAGGUGUCAGUUGGAAGUAGAUGUUGCAUGGGAUACUUUCAUUGCUCAUGCUCCAGAGGGGGAAUGGUCAAAAAUUGCACCUUUUAGAAUUCUUAGUUUUGAUAUUGAAUGCGCUGGUCGCAAAGGUAUUUUUCCUGAACCAAAUCAUGAUCCUGUUAUACAAAUCGCUAACAUGGUAAUAAGACAAGGAGAACCAGAACCUUUUAUACGAAAUAUUUUUACCUUAAAUACUUGCGCGCCAAUCGUUGGUAGUCAAGUUUUAAGCUUUGAUAAAGAACAAGUAAUGUUAGAGAAAUGGGCUGACUUCGUGAGACAAUUAGAUCCCGAUAUUUUUACAGGAUAUAACAUAAAUAAUUUUGACUUUCCUUAUCUGAUUAAUCGAGCAAAGCAUCUUAACGCGAAGGACUUUUAUUUCCUUAGUCGAAUAAAAAAUGUAAAAUCUGUCAUCAAAACUCAAGUACUUCAAAGUAAACAGAUGGGUAAACGUGAAAUUAAAUCUGUCAAUUUUGAAGGAAGAGUGCCAUUUGAUUUAUUAUUGGUGCUGGUAAGAGAUUACAAGUUAAGAUCGUACACUUUAAAUGCCGUGUCUUACCACUUCCUGCAAGAACAAAAGGAAGACGUUCAUCACAGUAUUAUCACGGAUUUACAAAAUGGUGACGCACAGACUCGCCGAAGACUUGCCGUUUACUGCUUGAAAGAUGCAUACUUACCUCUUAGAUUGUUGGAUAAAUUAAUGUGCAUUUUCAUCUACAUGGAAAUGGCAAGAGUUACUGGAGUUUCUAUAUGCAGCUUAUUAACUAGAGGACAACAAAUAAAAGUUAUUUCACAGUUAUUGAGAAAGACUAAAGAAAAGGAUUAUCUAAUGCCAGUGCAUCGGGGUCAAGCUAGCGAUGAGCAAUUUGAAGGUGCCACAGUUAUAGAGCCAAAGCGCGGAUACUACAGCGAUCCCAUUGCAACUUUGGAUUUCAGUUCUCUGUAUCCUAGUAUUAUCAUGGCACACAAUUUGUGUUACACCACGUUAUUAAAACACGAUAAGCAGGCCAAAAAUAAAGUUAAUCCAGAUGAUAUAACUGUGACUCCAAGUGAUUCAAGGUUUGUUAAAGCCACUAUUAGAAAAGGAGUUCUUCCGGAAAUUUUGGAAAGCCUUCUGUCUGCCAGAAAAGCAGCAAAGACUGAACUAAAAAAUGAGACUGAUCCUUUGAAACAAAAAGUAUUAGAUGGUAGACAGUAUGCCUUGAAAGUGUCAGCUAAUUCUGUGUAUGGUUUCACUGGUGCACAAAUGGGGAAAUUGCCAUGUUUGGAUAUAUGUGCUAGUGUCACUUCGUAUGGACGAACGAUGAUAGAACUAACCAAGCAGGAGGUGGAAGACCAAUUUUGUAUUUCAAAGGGGUAUAAAAAUGAUGCUAUGGUCGUAUAUGGUGAUACAGAUUCUGUUAUGGUUAAGUUUGGCGUUAAAACAGUAGCAGAAGCCAUGGAACUUGGCAGAGAAGCGGCAGAAUAUGUAUCUUCGAAAUUCUUGAAACCCAUCAAGCUGGAAUUUGAAAAAGUAUAUUUCCCAUAUUUGUUAAUUAAUAAAAAACGAUACGCUGGUUUGUAUUUUACUCGCCCAGACAAGUAUGAUAAAAUGGACUGCAAAGGUUUGGAAACUGUGCGAAGAGAUAACUGUCCAUUAGUAGCAAACAUGAUGAAUACCUGUUUGCAGAAAUUACUUAUUGAUCGGGAUCCCAAAGAUGCUCUAAAUUAUGCAAAACAAAUGAUUAGUGAUCUUUUAUGCAAUCGUGUUGACAUUUCUCAAUUAGUGAUCACAAAAGAAUUAACCAAAACUGACUACACAGCGAAACAAGCGCAUGUUGAAUUGGCUGCAAAAAUGAAGAAGCGAGACGCUGGAAAUGCGCCAAAACUUGGCGACAGAGUUCCGUAUGUUUUUAUAUCAGCAGCUAAAGGCACACCGGCUUAUCAGAAAGCAGAAGAUCCAAUCUAUGUGUUAGAAAAUAGUAUUCCUAUUGAUACGAAUUAUUAUUUAGAAAAUCAACUGUCUAAGCCACUUGUUCGUAUUUUUGAGCCAAUUCUUGGCGAUAAGACUGAAUCGCUUUUGUUGAAAGGUGAUCAUACACGCACAAAAUCCGUUGCUACAUCGAAAGUUGGUGCUCUCGCCGCUUUUACACGUAAGAAAGAAGUAUGUUUAGGUUGCAAAGCUGUUCUGACACCGGAAAGGGAAAAGAUGGCUGUAUGUAAAUACUGUGAACCAAGGGAAGCAGAAUUUUAUCAAACUGAAUUAUAUCUUGGUAGAAAAUUGGAAGAAAAAUUCUGUAGAUUGUGGACAGAAUGUCAGAGGUGUCAGGGAAGUCUUCAUCAAGAAGUGUUGUGCACAAGCCGUGACUGUCCAAUAUUUUAUAUGAGAAAGAAAGUACAAUUAGAAUUAGACACACAAAUGAAAAGAAUUGAAAGAUUUGGAAUCCCAGAGUGGUGAAAUUAAGAAA